ACCCUUUUCUUCCCUUCGUUCUCUUCUUCUUCUUCCUCCUCUGUCCCCUCUGCUCGACCACCACCACCACCACAACCACAACUUCUACAGCCAGCUGCAUCAAUGAAGUAUGGCCAAGCUCUUUACGAGCACAGCGUCCCUCAAUGGGCGCCCUGUACGUUCCCCGCUCUCCAAUCCCCACCCAAACAGUCAUAGCAACCACGACGACCGAUAAAAAAAGCCCCAACUAACCAUUUCUCUCAAUCACCAGAUAACAUCGAUUACAACGAGCUGAAGACGCUCAUCCGCACGCACACCACCCCCCCCCCGGGCUCGUCGCACUCAGACACCAGCCAGCCGGUUGUGAUACCGGGGCAGACCGACGAGGCGCUGUCAUGCUUCGAGGCACGGUUUGCGAGGGAGCUAGGGGCGCAGCAUGCGAGGGUUGAUUUGUUUGUGCGGAGUAAGGCGGAUGAGUUUUGGAGGCGAUUGAGUGACUACGAACAGAAGCUGAACCGACUCAUUGUUCGUGGAGACCCGGGGAGUGGAGGGAUAAUGACGGCCCGGAGGAGGGAAAGACUUGCGAGAUUGGAAACGAGGGUUUUACGCUGCACCGACGACAUCCGCAACCUCGACCGCUUCAUCCAAGCCCAACGCCUUGGCUUCCAAAAGAUCCUCAAAAAAUACCGCAAAUGGACCGGCUCGCCCACCCUCCCCCGCCUCACCGACCCCUUCCUCUCCCCCACAACCUCCUUCACCCACCUCUCCCUCCUCCCCCUCCUCACCGCCUUCACCGACCUAAGCACCCGCAUCGCCGCCUUCUCCCCCCCCCAUCCUCCUCCAGCACGCCCCUCACCCUCUCGCGCCGCUCGUCCCAGCCGCUCCUGCGCUCCCCUGUCGCAGCGCGCAAUAAAGCCGACCAGACAGCCGCGUACUGGAACGAAUACGACUACCCCAGCGACGGCGGCGGCGCCGAAGAGCCCUAUAUCAUCGCCUUCGACGCAGACGACGGCGGCUUCCCAGGACAACAGCGCAUGGCAAAAGCCCUCGCCUACCUAAGCGAAAAAACUACCGUGCUAGGAUGGUGGCGUCCCUCCUCCUCGAGCGGGGAAUCCUCUUCCAAGGGAGAGCGACGAGCCUUACUCGGCAGCAGCAGCCGCACCUCCGAUUUAGAGACCGGAGAAGACGAAGACGUCGAUGACUACGACGCUGAUGGUUUCCCACUCGGUUACGAAACGCACUACGCCACAUUCCCCUCGAUCGCCACGCAGCGCCUCACCGCGCAGCGGAGCAGAUUACUCUUACUGGCGCUGGUGGUGUGUUAUACAUCCUCGGCGCUGCUGCUGGGGAUUGGCGGGAUCCUGGUUGCGACGGGACGGAACAGGUUGAGGGCUGAAGUCGACGCGGGGGUGAUCGCGGGGGUGGUGGCUGCGCUGGGGUUCGUGGGGGUGGGUGUUAGAGUUGGGGCUUUGAGGUGGGAGGCGGCGGGGGUGUGGGAGAGGGUUGGGGUUGUGGUGGGGUUUGUGGCGGGGUGGAAUAAUUUUUCGGGCCCGCAUAAAUCGUUGAGGCGUGCGCGUGGCAUGGAGGUCUUCGCGUUGUAUAUUGCUGGAUGGGAGAAGCUGGAGACGUUCGAGAUAGUUGGGACGGACUAUGUGAACGAGGCUGUGGAUGGAGCCGAGGCGUGGGUACAGGUUGAUGUAAACCAUCCCCUGGCGGUUGGAUCAUGGCCCAGGGAAAAGAUGGCAAUGGGGAAGAAGGAGAGGGAGAUCUUCGGGAAAGAGGUCAUUGAGAGAGAAAGGAGGGAGAGGCGAGGGAGAAAGCAAUGA